AUGGCCUUUUCCUUCGGCACUCCAGCAUCCACCGGAGCCUCCAGCGGUGGUCUCUUUGGGACUUCUGGCAGCACUUUCGGAUCCACCCAGAAUAACUCAAACCCUAGCUCGGGAGGUGGUCUCUUCGGAAACGUAGGAGCUUCGUCUACCAGCGGAGGUGCGUCUUCGUCGCCAUUUGCCACGGCUUCUGGCGCUGGUGGCUCUGGCAGUACCCCAGCUCCUCUGUUCGGCGCCGGCGCCGGUACCAGCACCGGCGCAGGUGCGGGGGGCAGUGGUGGCCAGAAUUCACUGUUUGGAGCUGCCAAACCCGCCAGCAGCGGUGGCUCAGGUUUCAGUUUUGGCAACCUCGGAAACAACUCCAGCACGAGCAGCCCAGCUGGCGGUACUUCAUCUCUGUUCGGUAGUGGUGCCCAAACCCCCAAUAAAACGACGGAAUCGACGGCAUCUGGACAACCGGCGACCAGUGGGAUGUUUGGCGCCGCAGCGAAGCCGGCCUCGGGCGGCAGUCUGUUCGGGAACAACGCGUCUGCGACUCCUGGACCGGCUGCUGGCUCUUUGUUCGGCAAUACCUCGACGACCCCUGCUGGCCCUCCGCCGGCCUCCAAGCCCAACAGUCUCUUCGGCAACACAGCUUUGUCGAGCACGCCUGCAUCGUCUGCCGCGCCCUCGACUACCCCGGCUACUGUGCAAUCAUCUGGUGGUCUGUUUGGCGCAGGCGCAGCCUCUACUACCGCCCCGAAGCCUCUCUUUGGAGGCACGCCCGCCGCCGCGCCUGCCAGCGGCGGCUCCAAUCUCUUCGGCACCACCCCCAAGCCAGCAGAAUCCACCACUCCGACCACUGCCACCGACAACACCCCCAAGCCGGCCUUUGGAGCUGCUGCCCCGGCUUCGACUGGCGGCUCUCUGUUCAAGAUGCCUUCCACCGGCGGCGAUUCCGCUGCGAAAUCCCCAUUCCCUUCCCUUGGUGGCGCAUCUACCACGCCCGCAACAACUUCAGCCACUUCUCAGCCCUCUCUAGGAGCCCCGGCUACAUCAUCUGCCACACCUCAGAAGUCACUCUUCCCUGCCGCAGGUGCUGCUACCUCCUCGGCCGCCUCAUCUUCGACUCCAGCCGCAGCGCCUGCCGGAGGAUCUCUGUUCUCAGGUUUGAGUGGAGCUAAUACAUCUGCUGCUCCUACUCCGUCAACUGCGGCCACCAGCGCUGCGCCUGCGACCACAUCUGCCUCCCAGCCUGCCGCCCCAAGCUUGUUCAGCAAGCCUGCGACAUCCACGGCUUCUACCCAACCUGCCACGGCUACUUCUACCACCACCACCACAACUGCCCCUUCUACGACGGGAACUGCCCCGGCGACUGAUGCCGCCAACAAAACAGGAACCAACCCUGCCCUUGGCCAAUCGACGACUGGCCCGGCUCCUCCGGCUCAGUCGCGCCUGAAGAACAAGACCAUGGAUGAGAUCAUCACCCGCUGGGCCACCGAUCUGAACCAGCACCAGAAGAAGUUCCGUGACAAUGCUGAGAAAGUUGCAGAGUGGGAUCGCAUGCUGGUGGAGAAUGGAACAAAGGUUCAAAAGCUGUAUGGCAGCACUGUCGAUGCCGAGCGUGCCACUCAAGAAGUGGAGCGUCAACUUGCAUCUGUGGAGGGUCAGCAGGACGAGUUGAGCUCAUGGCUCGAUCGGUAUGAGCGUGAAGUCGAUGAGAUGGUUUCCAAGCAGGUGGGCUCUGGCGACGUUCUCCAAGGACCAGACCAGGAGCGCGAGAAAACCUACAAAACGGCCGAGAAACUUUCAGAACGUCUGGAUGAGAUGGGCAAGGAUCUGACGAGCAUGAUCGACGAAGUGAACAGUGCUUCUGCAAGCCUGAGCAAGACCAACCGUGCGGACGAGCCGAUCUCGCAGAUCGUUCGUAUUCUCAAUUCGCACCUGUCCCAGCUCCAGGUCAUUGAUCAGGGUACAUCUGAGCUGCAAAACAAGGUAUCUGCCGCACAGAAGGCCGGCCAGUCUAUCUCCUCCCGUCUCGGGUAUGGGUUCAACAGUCCUGGCACGGGCGGAGGAAACGCUGCCGAUGACUUCUACCGCUCCUACAUGGGAAGACGGUAG